UUAAUAUUGCAGUAUUGGAUUUAAGUUAUUUCACUUUGUUGGAGUGAAAUGGAAUUUAAUUUUGGUAAUUUAUUGUUCAUGGCUGUGCUUUUAUGUAUGGGUGAUGCAAAAAUAAGAAUUCCACUUCGAUAUAAAAGAGCAUCAGCAAAUAAUUUGAAAGGAACAACCGUCACUGGUUAUUACAUUACAGUGAACCUUGGAACACCACCACAAACAUUUAAUGUCAUAGUUGAUACUGGAAGCAGCAACUUUGCUGUAUCUGGGACAAAAACUUCAUUUUCGGACUCGUUUUAUAACAAAGCAUUGUCCAACACCAGCAUAGACACAACAUUACCAACUGUAGAUGUCCAUUAUACUGAGGGUUGGUGGAAGGGUAACAUCGUCAGUGAUUUGCUCACAAUACCAUCAGCCAACCUUAUUCAACCUGUGAGGGUUCAUGUGGCUGAUAUUAGUGAAACUAAAAACUUCUUCAUAAAUGAAUCACAAUGGAUUGGUAUUCUUGGACUUGCAUAUUCAAGUCUAGUACUUCCAAAGAACGGAGGUUUAUGGUCAGUGAUGCAUGAUAUUGUUGAACAAACAACACUUGAAGAUAUUUUGUCAAUGCAACUUUGUUCAACCCCUACAAGAGAUGAAACCCAAGGUGUAUUAUUAUUCGGUGAAUGGGACAGCAGUCUUGCAACUGGUCAAAUAUACUGGACACGAAUAGUAAAGCAGUGGUAUUAUGACAUCUUAAUCACUGGUUUAAAAGUUGGUGACACAAUGAUUGAAGUUGAUUGUGAAGAAUUAAACAAUGAUCGUACCAUCGUGGAUAGUGGGACAACUAACUUAAGGCUUCCACAAAAAGUUUACAAUCUAGUGGUUAGCGUGAUUAAGACAAAACUUGUAAAAGAUGAUUUUGAUGACGAUUUUUAUGAUGGAACAAAAAUGUUUUGCACAAGUGAACCAAAUGUUUUGUUUUCCUGGUUUCCUAAUCUUUCCAUAUUUCUUCCAUCAACCGAAGCAAACAAAACCAUUGAACUGACUGUGUUUCCACAAAGUUACCUCCAGUUGACAGAAGGUUUGGUGACUGAAACUUUAUUGGGAAGAUCUUGUUACAAAUUUGCUAUUUUUCCUUCAACAAGUGGAUCAGUGUUAGGAACCGUGGUCAUGGAACAAUAUUAUGUUGUGUUUGAUCGUGGUAACAACACAGUCGGUUUCGCAACUUCCAAAUGUGCAGUGCUACCAACCACUUCAAUCCAAAUAAGAAAUGGUUGGAUUAAUUCAACAAGUUGUCAAUAUAUUUCACAUUCAGUUAAAUCUCCAUUAACCUUGGCAGCAUACAUUGUGUUGGGAUUAUUUUGUAUUUGUCUUCUGCCAGUAUGUUUCCUUAUUGCAUAUAAUUUCUUUCGCAAAAGAUCACCAGGUAUUGGGUGCUGCAGUGGUAGUUAUAAUCAACUCAAUGAUACUUAGAAUUUCAGUUUAUUAUGUUUGUGUUAUUAAAAGUGCAGUGAAAUUUUAUUUUAUUUUAGUAUGUACAAUAUUUUGUUUAUUUGUUAAGCAUUUUUUAAUCAUAGUACGCAACAUUUUUAGGUCUAAUACAGCUAUUUCGGCAAAAUUAUUCGACAGUCCAGCCGAUGUAACUUUUUCUUUAUUUUUGAACUUCCAUUUUUCAUGCACAAAUUAGAAUUGCCAAAACAGCUGUUUAGCCGUUUAGGAGUUAUACAAUGUUAAUAUUAUGAAAUUUUUAAUGUGAAUCAUGUUGGAGUGAAAUGAUAUGCACCUAUAAUACUAUGUGAACAAUAAGAUUAACAUUGGUUUAUUUUUUAGGCAUACCCUGUCGCCUAUAUUAAUAUUUAGUCGCAGUUUAGUUUUUAUGUGUUAAAGAUUUUGUGCAUAUAUAAUAUUUUUAUUAUUCCUAUUUUAAUAUUGAAAAUUGAUCUUACAGAUAUUAUUUUUUUAUAAGUUUUUUAAAUCGUUUAAUGAAUUUAUGUAUUACUGUAUGUCUGUAUAGUAGUAUAACAUGUUUUCCUUUUAUUAAAAUGUCUCAUUUUAUUAGGCGCUUACUCAUUUUAUUCAAUUUUUAAAUUUCAUAUUAAAAUUUCUAUAAUAUUUCAUUGUUCUUUUUCUGUUUCUGUAACUAAUGCUCUGUACAAAAGCUUAUUUAGCCCAAAUAUUUCCAUUCUUAGUUUGGCUAUUACAUAUUACACGAAUUCCCAUAUUUAGCGUGAUCGUAUAACAUAACAUUAUGACGGCAAUUGCUCCAGUUGUUCAUGAUGGGUUGUAGAGUCCAACGGUCUAUACUAACUUUGGUCCAGUCAUACAUGGACUAAAAUGUAACUUACUUCAUACUCGCGUGAUAGAAAGACGUUAAAAUACGGGUGUUCAUACACCUCUUGCCAGCUUACGAGUUGCCGUGUACGUUGCUUUGUGACUAAUAAUUUAGACAACCCGUUAGUAACCAUUGGUUUAAAGCAAUUGCCGUUAAGUGUUCUGCCAAAGGACACAUAGGCCCACAAUGUUAGCAGCGACCUUAUAUUACAAUCAGAAACAAGUACAAGACAAAACCAGCGCUCACACAAGUGUUGUACAUUUACAAAAUAAUAAAAGUCAUACAUCCG